AUGAGUUACUACAAUGGCUACUACAGAGGCCUGGGCUAUGGCUAUGGAGGCUUCAGAGGCCUGGGCUAUGGCUAUGGAGGCUAUGGCUGUGGAUGUAACAGCAUCCGCAGACUGGGCUGUGGCUGUGGCUAUGGAGGCUAUGGAUAUGGUUCUGGCUAUGUAUAUGGAUGCUGCCGCCCUUCAUGCUAUGGAAGAUAUGGGUUCUCCAGCUUCUAUUGA